CUAAUGCUAGUAGUAGAGUGUAUGCAUUGGGAUUGCAGGUGUAUUAAAGUGCCUUGAGUGAUUGUCGUGCCCAUCAUAUUAUGUGUAGGCGUGGUUUUUGUCCCUAAACUGCGGAAACAGGCUGACUUAUUCCAAAAAGCUGGCAGCAGCAGCAGCAGCAGCACACAGCCUGGACCAGCACUGACAACAGAGCAGCGUACAUUAGACGUAGUGUCCACACAGCACUGAGGAGAUGGGGGACAAAACGGGGACCAGAGUCUUUAAGAAGUCCAGCCCCAACUGCAAGGUCACAGUUUAUCUAGGGAAGCGGGACUUUGUUGACCACUUAGACCACGUGGAUCCAGUCGACGGAGUGCUCCUCAUAGAACCAGAGUAUCUGAAAGAUCGAAAAGUGUUUGCGACUCUGACCUGUGCGUUUCGUUACGGCCGGGAGGACCUGGAUGUCCUGGGCCUUUCCUUCCGGAAGGAUCUGUACGUCAGCACGGUCCAGGUCUUCCCUCCUACGCAGGAGAAAAAGACGCCUCUGAGCCGGCUGCAGGAGAGGCUGCUGAAGAAGCUGGGUCAGCACGCCUACCCCUUCCACUUCACUAUCCCCCAGAACCUGCCUUGCUCAGUAACCCUCCAGCCGGGCGCAGAGGACACCGGGAAGGCGUGUGGCGUGGACUAUGAGCUUCGAGCGUUCUGUGCUAAGACUGUGGAGGAGAAGAUCCACCAAAGGAACUCUGUGCAACUAGUGAUCCGGAAGGUUCAGUACGCUCCGGAGAAGCCAGGUCCACAGCCGAUGGUGGAGACCAGUCGCAGCUUCCUGAUGUCCGAUAGAUCUCUACACCUAGAGGUCUCACUGGAUAAGGAGCUGUACUACCAUGGCGAGCCCAUCAGUGUCAACGUCCACGUCACCAACAACUCCACCAAGAGUGUGAAGAGGGUGAAGAUAUCGGUUCGUCAGUAUGCUGACAUCUGUCUGUUUUCCACGGCUCAGUACAAGUGUCCAGUUGCCCAGGUUGAAGCAGAUGAUCAGGUUUCUCCCAGCUCCACCUCCUGCCAGGUCUACACUCUGACCCCCAUGCUGGGUACCAACAGGGAAAAGAGAGGACUGGCCCUGGAUGGGAAGCUAAAGCAUGAAGACACCAACCUGGCCUCCAGCACCAUAGUAAAAGAAGGGACCAACAAGGAGACGAUGGGGAUCCUGGUUUCCUACAGAGUCAAAGUCAAACUGGUGGUGUCUCGUGGAGGGGAUGUAGCAGUGGAACUUCCUUUCGUCCUGAUGCAUCCCAAACCUUUAGACCAGCCCAGCUCCCAACCACAGACAGUUGCUCCAGAGGCUGAUGCUACUGUGGAUACAAACCUCAUAGAGUUUGAGAUGAAUACUUCCUCUCCUGGUGAUGACUUUGUGUUCGAAGACUUUGCUCGCCUGGGGCUGACGGGGAUAACGUUUGACAAGGAUGAGGGCAACCCCUUCUGCUAGCUCCUCCCCCUCCUCAUUCGCCAGCAGGGUCAGCUGUCUGAGUGGGAGGUUACGGGACCCCUCAACCCCAGGAACGUACGGAGAAGAACUUCUAAAGACAGCCUCCUGAGUCUAACCACAUGCUUUAAUUGUACCAUUUAUUCUGUAUGGGCUGCUAGAUGUGUCUCUUGUUAAAAGAGCAGUCAAGAAACCAAUAGUGCGCAGGGUUUCCCCCAGAAAAGUUGUUUUAGCCCGGUGGCAAGAGUUUUUUAUUUUUUAUUUUUUUUUUUACGAGGGCCAGUAACAGACUGAAGGCACCAUUAAUGUAGAGCCCAAUAGUUUCUGUGAUAACAGAAUCAUAGACGGAAUUUCUUUUAAAAAGCUAUAAGACAGAUUCCAGAGAGCCCUGCAUUAAGUCAGCGCUAAAAGCUAACUGGAGAUUUGAAAAUAUGACUGUCUAAGUUUCCUACUGUUUUAAAAAUAUGUUAAAAAAUAAUUCCCAGUGGCUUAGGCCUGGUGGGGGGCAACUUAGACAUGGUGGGCUUGCAAUACACUGGGGGAAACCCUGGUGCGUUCCAUUCACCUCGGAAGUCGGAGCUGGGAAUGAUGUCCCACCCAAACUAGUCUAUAUCCACGACGUUCCACUUCCGGGAUUGGUCCGACACUGCCGAGCAGUCGUGUUGGAUUUUGAGCUCGGGGUACUGCGAGGUUGUCCAAUUUCCCAACUCAGAAAUCUGAGUUCAGGGGGGGGCGUGUUUCCAACUUUGACCUCAGAAAUUCCGACCUCCGAGUACAAAUGGAACGCACUAUAAGUCACACUGGUUGUAUGUUUGUGUAAAAACAGGAGGAGAUGGUCAGUGACUCAGGCAACUGUAGUGCACAUUUAGCAGGAGUUUAACUAAGUGAGGCUACAGUUUUACAGAUGUUCCUGCAGAAGUGCUGCUGCUGCUUGACUCUUUCAUCAUUCUGCUGAUGUCAGUAUUGUACAUGCUGCUGUGAUUCAGGUUUAUAGAAUUCUAGCUUUUCAACAAAGGAAUACGAGUGAUGUUUUUAUAUCAAGGAUGGGUCAACUGUUGUCUUUUAUGGUUUCCUUUUGAGUGUUUCUUAGCCACUUUAUAAUGAAACAAAUCAAAUGCAUUUUUAUAUCAGGAGCACAACUAGCUAGCGGGUAGAGUUACAUAAACCAAUAUUAUUUUAUAGGUUUCUUUUUGUAUUUUGUGGAACACAUAUCAUUGGAAAAGACCUUUUUUUUGUAUGUAUAGUCCCAUUAACACAUACUCUGCAGACGUGAACUUCAGCCGCCUGUGUAAUUUUAAUGAAUGGAUUGAGCCCAUGUGUGAAUAGAGCAGGUCGUUGUCCUGAGAAUUCACAGUGAGCGAGUGGUCGCGUUAGGGUUGCGCAUCGUUUUGAAUUUAACAAUUCUGAUUCUUCCUUUCAAUUCCGGUUUUCAAUUCCGAUUCUUUGAGGGGUGGAGUUGAAUUUUACGCUACUUUAUACUUUUACUCCACUUCAUACCAGAGGGAAAAAUAGUAGGCUACUUUGUACUCCAAUACAUUCAUUUGACACUUUGUUACUUUUUACUUUAAAAAAAAAAAAAUAUAUAUAUAUAUACAUAUAUAUGAUGCAGUACUAUACUGCUCGUCUACCCAGUAGUAUACACUACAUAUUUAAUAUUGGCUCUGCAUCGAUAACACAAA